AAAAAAUUCACUAUGGACAUUAAAGUUGCUAGGGUUUCUUUAUAUUAUUAUUGUCAACGAAAUUAUUAUCAUUUUAUUAGAAUACAAAUAUUUUGCUCAACAAAUAUAAAAUGUUUAUCUUGUUAUCUAUAGUUGGCUGUCUUGUUACGUGAACGGUUGGUGGAAGUUACAGAUUAUAAUUAUAAAGUACUAGCUGUGUACAUCUCGUCAGAUUUACACAUGAUAAUUCAACAACGUAACAUUUUUAAUUUAUCAUUUAUUUAAGUAAAAUUAUGAUAUUAAUUAAAAUAUUUCGUGUCUUUAUACUGACUCAAUACACUUAGUUAAGUUUUCUUUGACGACAUUAAAAUGACAGUUGCUAGUGAAGAGACACUCUUUGUAGUUGAUGAAGUGGGUGAUAUCAUUAAAGAUUCUAUUGAAUAUGUAAUUGGCAGUGAGUCAUACAAUCAAAACGUGGUUAAUAAAUGGACAAAUUCAGUUGUGGAAAAUUGUCUGACAAAGCUUUGUAAACUUGCAAAACCUUUCAAAUACAUUGUAACGUGUGCCAUAAUGCAGAAAAAUGGAGUUAGAUUUCAUUCAGUCGGUUCCUGCUACUGGGAUAAUUUAACAGAUGGCAGUUGUACAGUAAGAUGGGAAAAUAAAACUAUGUAUAUCAUAGUAUCAGUUUUUGGACUAGCAAUUUAAACAUUAUUUUUUAUUAGCUAUAAUAAAAAAAUUGUCCUUAAUUCAAGCUUAAAAUGUAUAAAGAACAACUAAACUGUGUAAUUUAUUAAGUAUAUACUACACCCCAUUAUUUUUUUAGAUAACGAUAUUUUUAUAAAAAUUUAAUAUAUCAUUGUAAAUAUCAAAUUUAUUGUAAGAAAAAAUGAUUUCUAAUGGUAGAAUGGAUUGAUAACUUCUGAAAGUUAAACAGAUACGUACUAUUAUUUUUUUUAAUACUAUGUGAAGAAUAGUCGAUAAUUUGCAUCUUAAGAUUUAAAAAAGACGAGAAGCGAGGUAGUAUUAGGCGACGCAUAGAUAAGAAUUGUUCUACGCUGCAUAAACCUUUAAUUAAAUAUUAUAAUAAUUCAUAAAGUAAUAAAAAAUACUGAUUGUCGACCAAUCAAAAUUUCAUUUAAAAUAUUCUUUAUUAUAGUAAAAUAGUAAUGGUAGGUUUCCAUUUAACAUUCAAAAGUUACCCUUAAAGUCUAUCCUUGUUGUUGUAUUUUACACACAAUUUAAGUUUGACAUAAUAUAUUGAA